AUAGUUAGAGCGGAUGAGCGCUUCCGCCUUGGCUGUAGCCGUGCUGUCAAAGCGGGAGGAUGAUCAACCAGAAAUGUAGCACUUUAUUACUGAAAGACAGAAGACGGAGGAGGAUUAUAAAAUGUAUCUAUGUGGUGGGCUUCAUGGACUUGUUUGGGGUGAGCAUGAUCAUCCCACUGCUGAGCCAUCACGUGAAGGCUCUUGGAGCAAGUCCCACUGUGGCCGGUAUUGUAGGAUCUACAUAUGGGAUCUUGCAGCUUUUCUCGAGCACUAUAGUUGGCAGCUGGAGCGACGUGGUGGGUCGGAGGUACUCUCUGCUGACCUGCCUGCAGCUCAGCGCUCUAGGCUACGGCCUGCUGGGGAUGUCCACCAGCAUCGCUUUGUUUGUACUUGCACGGAUACCUGUGGGGUUGUUCAAGCACUCACUCUCCAUCUGCAGAGCUCUGCUGUCUGACCUGGUGUCUGCUUCAGAGCGCCCUCUAGUGAUGGGACAUUUCAAUGCCGCCUCCAGCGUGGGCUUCAUCCUGGGCCCUGUGGUGGGUGGCUACCUAACUGAGCAUGAAGGAGGCUUUUAUACAUCCUCUUUUACUUGUGCAGCCAUCUUCAUUAUUAAUGCUGGCCUCGUAUGGAUGAUACCACAGAGUGAGACUCUGGCUGACCGUAAUGACACUGUCUGCAGAAACGACACGAGUGCAGGGUAUCACGAAAACCACUUUAGUAAAUCUGUACAGAAUGGUUCUCAUACAAAUAGCCACCACCCAUUGCUGACAGCAGAGACGCAGCAAGAGUCUACAUCUCCUGGAAAGCAUCAAGGUGGUUUCAGGUGGAGGGAUGUGUCUUUUCUUCAGCCAGUCUGGAAACAGCUGUCCUCAGUAGGCUCCAGGAUCCACAUAGUGGCCUCAUCUGACAUGUGGGACCUCUUCCUUGUGCGUCUUCUGAUGGCCAUAGCUAUCAUGCUCUACUACAGUAACUUUUCUCUGGCCAUGGAGGAGCGCUUUUCACUCAAACCAAAAAUGACCGGUUACCUGAUCAGCUACAGCAGCACUCUAGGGGCCCUGGCUGGGUUCCUGGUGGGGCCAGUCACGCAGCUGUAUAAGAACAACAUGCCCGCUUUACUGCUCCAUUCGACGGUGCUCACCUGUACGCUUAUUUUCCUCUAUGCUGCUGCGCCGAAUGUUUGGCAAGUGCUGCUCACCUCCACCUUCUUUGCCAUUUCUACCACUAUCGGACGGACAUGUAUCACAGAUUUGGAGCUGCAGAGGGGCGGGGUCCAGGCCAGCGGGACUCUGAUUGGAGCCGGGCAGUCAGUUACAGCUGUGGGUCGAAUCCUGGCUCCUCUCCUGUCUGGUUUGGCGCAAGAGUUCAGCCCUUGCGGCCCCCCAAGUCUAGGAGUGGUGCUGGCCCUCGCAGCUGUGGCUUUACUACUCAUCAGAAUUCCCAAAUGGGACGCGAGGGAGAUGACAAAAACAGCCAAACUCAGAAACUCUAAAUGAAUUUUGAAAUCACAAAGAAGUGCUCUUAAUUGCAGGAGACCAGCUGGGACAAUGAACAGCAGACUCCUCGAGGGAACGGUGAAGCCAACUCGAACGUGUUAUUCUUAAACAGGAUAGCCCUUCUGUUGGUGCGAUGACAUCACAGGGUGGAAAUAUUGUGACGUUUCAAUCACACCAGCACUGAAGUCUUCGUCUCGGGGACAGGUGAAUCAAAAGUCACGUGCACUGUAGGAAUGAAGACACUGCUGCAAAAUGCUGACGUUUGACAGCAACCUUUGGGCACAAACUACUGGAUUAUGACUGUAUUUUUAUGACUUUGUUUUUAAUGAAGUUUUGUAACCACUGCAAUUUAGCUGGAGUUGAUGAAAGCAGGUCUGCACUACAUGCCCGAAGAGGAGGGUGAUUUAAUUGAAAUAAUACUUAAUUCAUUAAAUAAAAAUUAAAAAGAUGACUGUCAAAGGCAGGCUAUUACA